CACUGUGUCGAACACUCGAACCAGAGUCGGGGAUUCACUUGCCAAACACAUUUUGGCUGCAAGUUUUUACAGCUUUGAACUUACAAACAAAGCAGAGGACGGAGGUCGAUACAUGUAUUCGACGCGUAAGUUCGCAAACCCUAAUCUAAGUUUCCUGCUUGAAACCACAAUAUUGGAAUUCAAUCUUCUUUUCUGCAUUUUCAUCAACUGAAAUGUUCUUUAAUUUCAAUUCAGGCACUACAAUAAGAGAAACCCUAAUUAUAUAUAUCACAACUUUGGAGAUUUCUUGCAGUUCUAUACAUGUAUCAUAGAAGAAAGGUUGUGUUUACUGGGAAAGAGCUAACUUGUAAAUCCAGAAGCCCUUUUUGUGCACACCCCUUACCCUGUAGUAGACUUAUUGUUUUUUAUUCAUCAUGGUCAUCAAGAAAUCUUAACUCCAGUUCACAAAUCAACACUAAUAGAAGUGUCCAAUGUAUGGAUAAAGGUGAUUUUGAUGAUGCUGAACGUGGGUAUGUUAGAGUUGAAAAAAAGGGUUAUCAGGAAUCUAGAAAUUCGAAUUCAUAUGAUAGAGAAAAUUAUUAUUUCAAUAAAUCGGAUGACGAUGUUGAAUCAGAAGAAGAAGAAGAAGAAGAAGAAGAGGCUGGGCGUGACAGUGAUGAUGAUUUUAGGGUUUUGAAUUCUUUUAGUAGGAAUCGCCAACAAAAUGAAGACAUGAAAAAGCUUGAAGGAGAUGAUGAUGCAUUGAGACACCCUUUGGUGAAAGAAACUUGUAGGUUGAUCGAUCUUCGGUCAGCGUGGACUCCUAAGCGUGAAGGGGAAUUGAGGAAUUUACUUAGAAGCCUCAAACCUCAGCAAGUUUGUGCUGUCUUGCAGUCUCAGGCUGAUGAGCGGCUAGCUUUGAAAUUUUUCUACUGGGCUGCCCGGCAAUGGCGGUACCGGCAUGACCCGAUAGUGUACUAUGCAAUGCUUCAAGUCCUUAGUAAGACUAAGUUGUGUCAGGGUGCUAAGCGGGUGCUUCGUCUUAUGAAACGGAGAAGAAUUGAGUGCCGGCCUGAAGCUUUUGGUUUUGUGAUGGUCUCUUAUAGCCGAGCUGGCAAUUUGAGGAAUGCAAUGCGGGUACUGAAUUUGAUGCAAAAAGCGGGAGUUGAACCUGAUUUGUCGAUAUGUAACACAGCGAUUUAUGUUUUGGUGAAAGGGAAUAGGUUGGAGAAGGCAUUGAGGUUCUUGAAUCGGAUGCAAGUUGUUGGAAUUGCACCUAAUGUUAUCACAUAUAAUUGCUUAAUAAAGGGUUAUUGUGAUGUGCACCGGGUUGAAGAUGCAAUGGAGCUGAUCGCUGAAAUGCCAUUCAAGGGUUGUUCCCCAGAUAAAGUAAGUUACUAUACUGUGAUGGGUUUUCUUUGCCAGGAUAAAAGGAUCAAAGAAGUGAGGGAGCUGAUGGAGAAGAUGUUGAAAGAUAGUAAUUUGUUACCAGACCAGGUUACUUAUAAUACUCUUAUCCAUAUGCUCUCCAAGCAUGGUCAUGGAGAUGAGGCACUAGAAUUUUUAAGGGAAGCAGAAAGAAGUGGAUUCUGCAUUGACAAGGUUGGAUACAGUGCAAUAGUUCAUUCAUUCUGUCAGGGGAGAAGAAUAGAAAGGGCGAAAGAACUUGUUAAUGAAAUGUUCUCAAAGGGGCACAUUCCUGAUGUUGUGACUUACACUGUUCUUGUCAAUGGGUUUUGUCUUGUAGGGAUGGUGGAUCAAGCUAAAAAGUUGCUUCAACAGAUGUACAAGCAUGGAUGCAAGCCUAAUACUGUAUCAUAUACAGCUUUGUUAAACGGGCUUUGUCGGAAUGGGAACUCUUCGGAGGCAAGAGAGAUGCUCAACAUGAGUGAAGAGGAAUGGUGGAUCCCCAAUGCCAUCACAUACAGUGUUGUGAUGCAUGGUCUUCGCAGGGAAGGGAAAUUAUCUGAGGCCUGUGAUAUGGUGAGGCAAAUGAUCAGAAAGGACUUUUUUCCUACCCCAGUUGAAAUUAACUUACUGAUUCAGUCUCUUUGUUAUGAGGGGAGAGUGGGUGAUGCCAAGAAAUUCAUGGAGGAGUGUCUCCAUAAGGGGUGUGCUAUUAAUGUGGUGAAUUUUACUACUGUAAUUCAUGGAUUUUGUCGGAAGGAUGACUUGGAUGCUGCUCUCUCAUUGCUUGAUGAUAUGUAUUUGAGUAACAAACACCCUGAUGUGAUUACAUAUACAACAGUUAUAAACGCGUUAGGAAAGAAAGGCAGAAUAGAAGAGGCAACUGAACUAACCAAGAAAAUGCUACAUAGAGGUUUGGUUCCUACCCAAGUUACAUACCGCACUAUCAUCCAUUGGUUCUGUCGGCAUGAUAAGGUGGAAGAUUUGUUGAAAUUAUUAGAGAAGAUGCUUUCAAAGCAAGACUGCAGAACAGUAUAUAAUCAGAUCAUUGAAAAGCUUUGUAGUUUCGGAAACCCUGAUGAGGCUUAUAAACUCUUAGGGAAGGUUCUGAGAACAGCUUCAAGAAUCGAUGCAAAUACUUGCCACAUGCUUAUGGAGAGUUAUUUGAGGAAAAAGAAACCUCUGUCGUCAUAUAAGGUUGGUUGUCGAAUGUUUGACCGAAAUCUAAUUCCCGAUUUAAAGUUAUGUGAGAAGGUGAGUAAGAGGUUGAUGUUAGAGGGGAAAGCAGAUGAGGCAGAUAAGCUUUUGAUACAAUUUGUAGAGCGUGGGUGUAUUUCACCUAAGGAUCACCAGGUCUUCAAAGCUAGGGAGGGAUUUUCUGGUUGAACUCUAGCAGACACUUUUUUUAAUUUUUUUAUAUUCAUCAUUCUGCUUUUGGAACCUCAUCCUGAACUUAUUCGUGGUAAGUUCACCAGCAGACAUGUUGGAAGGAACAUGAGAGGCGACUGAUAAGCUUAUGUUUUGGUUUCUGGAGCUUGUUUCAUCAUCGGAUGUUGGAAAUAUAUCUCAAUGAGAGUCAUUCAUGCGUUGCUUGGGGCGAUUCUGAAAGGGACAGAUGGUGGUCCGGAGGAUCAUCACAGGGGGAAUUAAAAUCUUGUGGAAAUUUAUACACAAUUUCUUCACAUAAUUCAGAACUAAUUGAAUAAAAAAUUAUUCUUCAUGUGAUUGAGACUUUUAAAGGGCAUGGACCAAUUUGUUGACAGUAUGCAUCAUAUGGCUGUGAUGAGAAAUUUCAAUUUCAGUGCUACCGCCGGCUCUCUGCUCCUUCCUUCCCAAACAAAGUAUCCGACUCUCCAUCGUAAUUCAAGCAUAUUCAGAAUUCCCAUUGUGAAACUAUGAUGGCAAUGUCUGCUUUGUUGUUAAUUAACACAAUCUGUGAAGUCAAAAGGAAAAAAGAAAAGAUUAGGCGGAAAAGAUGUUAUGGUUAUGAGAAACGAUGGGGCUUUGAGUUGCUUUUGCUUUUACAUUGAAUAAAUAAGGACGACAUUUUCUGUUGGAAGACACCAUAUGGAAACUUCUACCAUGUCUGAGGUAUCCACUGCCGAAGAUGCUACUGUUGUUUAAUACAAUUACUCUAAUCCCAUUACAAAUCAUGUUUGCAGCUAAUGUAUCAGCCAAAUCACUUAGGGUGCCUUCUGAACAUAUUGUCAAGAUCAAGCCCUUACAUGUGUUUUGUAUAACAAUUGCAAUUAAUUAUGUUUGAUCGUACUAUGUUUUCAGUA